AUGGAUACAAGUCAUGGUAAUGGAGAUAAUACAGUCGCACUCUAUGAAGCCUCACUUGAUGGGUGCGUAAGCACCUUGAACACAUUGGUGCAAAGGGAUAGACUCAUUCUUCACAAAAUCUCCCUCACAUCCUUCACCGAAACCCCCUUACACAUUGCAGCUUUGCUUGGCCACCUUCAUUUUACUAAUGCUCUUUUGAGCAGAAAACCCAAACUUGCUGAAAAAGUGGACUCAUUAGGCCGAACUGCCCUUCACUUGGCCUGUGCAGAGGGACACACCCAGGUUGUGAAAGCAUUGUUGCAAGCAAACGCAGACAUCUGCUUAGUUCCUGAUCAAGAGGAGAGAAUCCCUCUCCACUUAGCCGCAAUGAGAGGGCACAUAGAUUAUAAUAGUAUGGAUGCUCUGAAACUGUUGGUGGAAUCCUCUACUAAUGAUGAUUUCGUCAACUCCAAAGACGAUGAUGUAUCAGGGAAAUUGGUCGGCGAGACUCGAGGCACGUUGAUGUUGGUGGCUACUGUGAUUGCAACCAUGACUUUCCAAGCUGGGAUCUACCCACCAGGUGGUGUUUGGCAACAAGACACGACAAAUGGUACUUUCGGGUGUAAUUCUUCGAUGUGGGCAGCCGGCACUGCAAUUCUAUCGUAUUCCGAAACAUAUCAAUAUUUCUUGUCUUUCAACACCACCUCUUUUGUUGCAGCUCUAACCGUUGUGCUUAUGGUCACUAGUGGAUUUCCACUUAGAAGCAAGGGCUUUAUAUGGUUUCUGAUCACCUUAACCAUGUUUAUUGCAUUUCAUUCCGUGGUAUUGGCCUAUAUCAAUGGAGUGAAAUUGGUGAACCCGACUUAUUUUCAAGACUAUUCCCUGAUUACCACCGUAUUACAAGGAAUCUGGCUUGUACUGCAACAGGUUCUUGGCUCGAUUCACGUAAUUCGCUUUUUAUUUUGGAUAAUUAGGAAGUUGUUCAAAUUCAUGAGACGCUGCAGGUUAACCAAACGUCCAGUAAACGAUGCCAUCAACGUGUAA